AUGGACAACAAAGUAGAAUUCAAACUGAAAUUCUUGUUGAACAGUUUAACUUUAAAGGUCCUUGAUGUUAAAGACAUGUCAGAUCCUAAAAAAGUGCUAUCUUUCAAUAAUCGAUUCUGCGAUUCUAAGAAAGUUCAGGCAUUUUGCUCCGAAGCUUCCAAUCUCUCUGCUUUUCCGUUACUUGGUGUUCCACUUUGUCAAAACUCCAAGAUCCACAAGGCUUACUUCUGUGAGGUUUCAGUGGGAAGAUCUCUCUUUGUUAGUAAUGAGUAUGCUCAAACUUUGGAUGUUCCAAAAGACUAUGAUUCAUUCAUAGUUGCACAGAAUGAUGCUAAAGGCUUCCUUACAGACGCUAACAUCGAUAUUUCAACGUUUUCUUAUAUUAUCAAAGAUACUUCUCGGGUGUUACUUUUGUAUGAGGUCACUUUUGAAUAUGAUGAGGAACUUGAGAAACUCUCCAGAAAAUCAUUUAUUUGCCAUCGAUGUAAAAAAUCACAAUCUACAAUGUUCUGUCCUUCAGAAAGAGCUAGUUUUUGUAAGGAUUGCGACAUACAAGUUCAUAAUGAUGAAUUCCUAAAGCGCCACUCAAGAAUUUAUUUUUCAGAUGUGGGACAAAAGAAGUUUAUAUGUUGCUUAUAUCAUCCAACAAAAGUUGUUGAGUACUUUUGUGAAACAUGCAUGGAUCCAAUUUGUGCAGAUUGUAAGAUUACUGGAAAUCAUUCUGGCAGAGAUAAAUGCGAUCAUCAUAUUAUAUCUUUCUUAGAAGCAUGCCAGAUACUUAAAUCUAAAAUUUCUGAUUGGACAAAACCAGUUGCAGGACGUGUUGAGAAUUGUAAUAGGGAGCUUUGUAGAUUUAAAGAUAAAGUUGGAUCAUUUAAGGAUAAUAUUACAGCAGUAAGACGACAAAUUGAAAAAGAAUUUAAAAGUCUUUUAUUACAGCUGGAUAGUAUUGAAAAUGCUCAAAGACAGAUAAUAAAUGCGAAAUAUGCAGAAAGAGUGGCCAUUGAAGAGUUUAUGAAAAGAACUGAGACGUAUCCACAUGAACUAGAUCCAGCUGACUUGCUGUUAGAAUUUAAUUUUAUUCAGGAGCUUACUAAAUCCGAAUCGCAACCUGUAUUUGAUAAAUAUGAUCCUGAACGAAUUGAAACGCAUGGUAAAAUGUCACUUUUAAUGCCAAAAGAUACGACGCCAAAAUGUUCAACAAGUGACUCUAAGGACAAAUCGAUCAGAUGGAGAAUUGAAACUAUGCAUAUGACAAAAGAGCAGGAUUCUAAUUUACAUUAA